AUGUUGGGAUUGGGGAAAAUACGAAGGCUUCCGGUACCCACUAAGCUCGUCAUGGGGAUCCAAACUGCUCCUGAGUUCUUCGAGUCGAUCAACCCGAAGAGUGACUUUAACAAUGACGGUGAUGCCCUGGAGACAUAUCUGUAUGAGAAAUCGCUGAAAGUGCAACCAAAGGAAGGAGAUAAAGUGCCGGAUGUGAAGCCAAAACGAGCCCUGCAUGUGCUGAAGUCACCAGGAAUCAAACCGCCAAAGACAAACCAUUUUUCGACCAGCCAUCACCAUGCCGCCACUAGCUACAGCACCCAAUCGUCGACUGCACCCAGUACGCCGAGAGCUGAUGGAGAAGGGUGA